AUGGAAGAUUCUAGAGAUUUUCAUUUUACCGGAAACUUAGACCCUAGAGCUCAAGAGUUCGUACCACUAAACCCUAUCUCCUCCGGUUAUUACUUUCCGUACAGUCCUCUCCCUCCGCCGCUUCCUCCUUCGUCGUACGGAUUAUCUCCGACGGAGCCAAGAGUCUUCACGUUCUUCAAUCUCCCGCCACAUCCGAUGAUAUUUCCUCCUCCUCCACCACGUCCGCCACCACCCCGUCCGUAUUUCCACGGCGUCUCGGCUGUUCAACGGCUUCCUCCGCCGUCAAACUCUCCGACGCGGUCUCUCUCUUUGAUCUCCGUACCACGCGACGUCACUGAGACGAGUGUGAGACGCGACUUGGAGUUAUUCGGCAACGUGCGUGGCGUGCAAAUGGAGAGAAUCUCACAAGGGAUCGUGACCGUCCAUUUUUACGAUCUCCGUCACGCCAAGAGAGCGGUUCGCGAGAUUUGCGCUCGACACAUGCAGCGACAAGCAAGACUCGGUGGUGGUGGUGGAAGCGUAAGCGUUUGGAGCUCACCGUCUUCACAGGCGCGUGGAUUUGUCUCCGGCAGAGCUGUGUGGGCCCACUUUGUAGUUCCGGAUACUAGCGCCGUUCCCGGCGGCUGUAACCAAGGGACGUUGGUGAUAUUUAACUUAGACCCUGAGGUCUCUUCCAUUGCUCUCAGACAAACUUUCCAUGUUUACGGUACGAUCAAAGAGUUGAGAGAGACACCGUACAAGAAAAACCAAAGAUUCGUGGAGUUUUAUGAUGUAAGAGAUGCUGCGAAGGCGUUAGAUCGAUUGAAUGGUGAAGAGAUUUGUGGGAGGCAAGUUGUGAUCGAAUUUAGCCGACCAGGUGGACUUAGGAACAAGUUCAUGUCAUCUAGGCAACCGCAGCUACCGUUUCAACCCCUUCAGCCACCACUAAGUCUAAGCCCUCCUAUGAGGCAGUCUGUGUCUCUCAUGAAAGAUAAAAACAAGAAUGUGAGCCCUAAUAAUGGCGUUGUUGCUGUUAAAGAUUCUAUGCGUUCGUUGUGUAUCACCGAUGAUGAUAAUAGGACCCGAGGAAUGCAAUCCGAGACAAAGAGCAAGAACGUGGCUAAUUGGGGAAUGAAAAGACAGAUGAGGAACACGGAACUAAGUCAGUUUCUUAUCAGUGAAGAAACCAUGAAGGAUCCGAGUUGCAGAGAUCCACGUACCACUUUGAUGAUCAAGAACAUACCGAAUAAAUACAGUCAAAAAAUGCUGACGAAUAUGUUAGACAAUCACUGCAUUCAUAUCAAUGAAGCGAUCACCGAGGAGAGCGACAAACACGAGUCUCAUCAUCAGCCAUUUUCUUCUUAUGAUUUCGUGUAUCUCCCGAUGGAUUUCAACAACAAGUGCAAUGUUGGUUAUGGGUUUGUGAACAUGACAUCUCCGGAGGCAGCUUGGAGGUUUUACAAGGCGUUUCAUCUUCAACGUUGGGAGGUUUUUAAUUCGCAAAAGAUUUGCCAAGUCACAUAUGCGAGAGUUCAGGGUUUGGAGGAUCUAAAGGAACACUUCAAGAGCUCAAAGUUUCCGUGUGAGGCUGAGGUUUACCUUCCAGUGGUCUUCUCUCCUCCACGAGACGGGAAGCAGUUAACGGAAGCCGUCUCUAUCAACAUCAACGGCUUCACCAGGCUCGAUCAUAGUCAUCUUGAGCCAAAUGACGGUGAAGAUCACUAUGUGAGUGGAUCAUGUAGUGGCAGUGACCAUGAUAAUAGUCAGGAAGAUGGAUUUUCCGGCAGUAGCAUAGAUGGUGGUCGGAGUAUCUCCGGGUAA